AUGAAUUGUGUGGCCAGGUACGCCGGCGCCGCGUAUGAUGUGUCCAAGAUGGACCGGAUAAUGCUCAAGUUCCGGCCGAUUGCUCCCAAACCGACUUCACCCGAUGGAUCUGGAUCUGUCUCCGGCUGUGCGAGCGGCGGCUACGCCGAGCCAAGGAGCGGCCGCGCGCGUGCCAAAUCUGGCCGCGGCAAAAGACGGCGCGAGGUUGGAAAUCGGAGGAAUAAUUUUAGCAGGAGGAGAAAUCCUUCACCGGAGAAGGGCGAUUCCGGCGGAUCUGUCACCGGCGGCGAUAAGGAUGUGAGAACUCUGCGGCUGCUGCCGGAGGAGCCCGGCGUGAAGGAGAAUCGGAAGGUAGCGGCGCCGAAUCGGAGUUACCCUUUGUGGCUGAGUUUUGGGGAUGAAGCCGGCGCCGGAUGGAUCGAGGCAGAUCGGACGGAGGUGGAGUGGAGCGCGUGGCGGCGGGCCGCGGUGGUUCAGUCGUGGGUAAAGGUAGAGCAGGUGGCGGAGGCGUGGGCGGCGGUGGGGAUGGGGUGUACGGAUGAGGAGAAGGUGUUGGGGCUGCACCGGGACACGUGUCCUGGGUUCAUAUCUGACGAGACGAACCGGGUGAGUUGGACAAACGAGGCGUUCCGGCGAAUGGUGGGUGGGGAGGAAGGGGAGGAGGUGGCGGCGUGGGUGGUGGUGGAGCGUGGAGUGACUUUGCCGACUGGGUGCGUGGGGUUCACGUGCAGAGCUAGAGUGGUCACGUGCAGGGAUGAGAAAGGGGUCAAAACGGUGCCGUGCGACGCGUGGAGGUUGGAUUGCGGUGGGUUUGCAUGGAGGCUGGACACCACUGCUGCUCUCUCGCUUUGGGUCGGUCAUUAA